GUCGUUUGGUCGGUGCGCGCUGCGCGCGGAACAGUGAUGAUUUGACUGGUCAAGAUGUUGGUUUGUGUUGUAUACCUAAUCGUUACUGGUUGAUCGAUGAUAAGAGAGCGUGUGCGUUUUGUUUCAAUCCUUACGUGGUUUCGAAUACUGUUUGCCAAUUGACAUUUGGGAGUUGUAUUGGAGACGCUUGCUCUUCUAAUAACAGAUAAGUUGUUUGACAGUGUUUAAUGUCGCGACACCGUUAUCGAGCGAUCUCAGAGUGCUCGUAUGUCAUGGAUGUGAAGAAGUAGGCGUUGUCUGUGUUAAAUGCCAAAAUCAAAUAUAACAUGACAUCCCGCGGAACAACGGAAUGUAAUAUCAUAGUGUAUAAGUUGGCGGAAAAACGCGUUGCAGCGGUGGCAGUAACAGCAGCAAAAGAAGAAAAAGAAGAAGAGGAAGGAGGAGGAGGAGGAGGAGAAGGAGCAGGAGGAGCAGAAGAGAAUCGUUGUUACGUCGUUCAGGGUGCGCUGAAUAAUUGAUUUGCUGAAGAAAAGUAAAAAUAUCUUGCUAUAGACUAUAGACUAGAGACUAGAGACUACAGACUACAGACUAUAGACGCAAGCUCUUCGAAACUGUGGGGUAUCGUUAAAUGAACGUAGAAGUAGAGAUGUUACCUUCGAGCACGCUCGAGGUGGAAGUCGGGAGUUCAUCGCCUCCGAGAGAAUACGAAACGAGCAAUAAAAGUCUCCUCUUGGAGACGAUCCCUGGCGAGUUGCAUACCGAAACAACAGCUUGUCGUUUGUUAGAGGCGGAGGUCGUUGCUCGAUGUCAGGAGGAAAGCAACGAGACGGUUAAAACUAAAACUAUCCUCGAGUCCGAGUGUUGGAAAAAGAAUAUCGAAUCAGCUGGUAGUAGCAGGUCUGUAAAUAAUGGAUCACGUCAGAGCUUUUCCAAGGUCUCUGCAUCCUUGCAGAGCCUCGUUCGUCGAAAGAGUCGGAAAUACGGCGCGACCUCGUUACCCUUGGACGUAGAUCUUUCGACGUACUCUGCACAUCCUAGCUGUCUUCUCGAGGCACCGAGGGAAAAUGGUGUCGUCGAUAUUUACAAAAGAAACGACGAGGAAACCACUUGCAUCACCACGCGCACAUCCACGCUUAUUUAUGCUUCUUCCGUGCAACUAUAUUCCAGAGGUGACAACAACGUGCAAGAUGUUUCCUCGUCGACGAAUAACAUCGCGAUCGUCACUACUACCACCAGUACCAAUAACGUAACUUGUUCGGUCAGUGGAAGUCGUCUUGGUAAUACCGCCUCGUCUUUGAUAAGAACAACCAGCGUGAUCACGGCAGGACCAUCCACAUCUUCCUGGAACAAUUCCGCGGAAGAGGAAUUGGAUUACGUUGUCGACCCGGUUCAAGGAAAUGCCUAUUACAAGGGACAACUUCUUGGCAAGGGUGGAUUUGCCAAAGUUUUUCUCAUGACCGAUGUCAGUAAUGGAAAUGAAUAUGCCUGCAAAAUUAUUCGGAAGAAUCGGAUGCAAAAAAUUCAUAUGCAGAAGAUCGCACGCGAGAUUAUGAUCCACAAAGAGCUGAAUCACGUGAACGUUGUCCAGCUGCAUCACUACUUUGAGGAUAACCUUAAUGUGUAUAUGCUUCUAGAAGCCUGUCCUCGAAAGAGCUUGAUGCACGUGCUCAAGUACCGUGGCAAAGUUACGGAGCCGGAAGCACGCUAUUACAUGAAACAAAUGGUGACGGGCGUUGCGUAUAUUCACUCUCAGAAAGUUGUUCAUCGAGAUUUGAAGCCAGGUAAUAUGUUCCUAUCGGAUCGUAUGAUUGUCAAGAUCGGAGACUUUGGACUGGCGACAAGGCUUGACGGACAGUGCAGACGGGUGACGAUAUGCGGAACACCGAAUUACAUUGCGCCGGAAGUGUUGUAUAAACAAGCAUACAGUUACGAGGCGGAUGUUUGGGCGCUCGGAUGCAUACUUUACGCCCUAUUGGUAGGGCAACCACCUUUCGACACAGCGUCUCUUAAGGAAACUUACGCUAGAAUAUGUAACAAUCACUAUCGAGAGGUUGACGAUUCGAUAGCGAGCCGAAACGGGCAAGAUCUCAUCAGGUGGCUUCUGCAGCCGAAUCCUGAACUCAGGCCGUCUUUGGAAAGAGUGAAGGAACAUGCUUAUCUUACCAAGGAAUAUGUACCAACUUCCUUACCUCGCAUUUCUUGUUUCCAAAUGCCACGUACAUCUAUAAUCGAUUCAUCGCCUUCAUCCAAUUCUAUAACGUCUAGGAAUCAAAAACUUAAUAAUACUCAGUUACAGGUUCAUACUAUCCAGCAAUCUCAACAGCAUCAGGACCAACGGCAUACACAACAGCAUCAUCAUCAAACAAAUCUUUCCCAGAAAAGUUUACGAAAGGGGUCGAAAGUGAUCAGUUGGUUAGCCAGAAAAUUUCGAAAAGUGCCAAAAUUCAGACAAAGAUUAAGCAGUGUUCUUUGUCCAGAUCAUAAGAAAACGGGAUACACCGCUCAGAGUAUGCAAAUGCAUCAAGCGUUAGAAAGCUGUGUCACAGAAAUAAAAUGUAGAAACAAGCUACGUAAUCAUCCACCUGUAAGGGAUGUCGUACCUCUGUUCAUCACUAAAUGGAUCGAUUAUUCCAACAAGUACGGCCUAGGCUUUCAGCUCUCCGAUAAAUCUGUCGGCAUUUUAUUCAACGAUCAUACAAAAAUUAGUUACACACAUGAUAGAAGAAGGGUGGAGUAUGUGACAACCGACGAUGAAGUAACAAAGUAUCAUAGAGAGGAAGAUGUUCCAGCUGCUUUACAGAAGAAACUUGUACUAUUGCAACGUUUUACACAGUACAUGGAUAAAUUUAUGACUGAAGGUGGUGAAAUUAAAAAACAACGAGUUGCAUCAAAACACUCAAAAAACGUUUGUGUACCGCGAAUGAGAAGAUGGUUAAGAACUGACAAGACCAUUAUGAUGGAAUUGUCAGUACCUCUUUUGCAAGUGAAUUUCUUCGAGGAUCAUACAAAAUUGGUAGUCUCGCAAGAAUCCUCUAACAAAGGACACCUAAUCACAUAUAUCGAUACCAGUAGACGUACAUCUUCAUAUUGGUUGAACGAUAUACGAGAUUUUGGCUGUACAGCAGACCUUUACGAGCGUUUAUAUUAUGUUUACAAAGUAUCUAAAGAAUUUGCAGAAAUGCAUAAUAACACGAUCGCUUGACUAUCAAAGAUACAUCGGAACGUGUGUUACUCGUUAAAUCAUUGAAGUUUAUACUUUAUGCGAAAUAUUAUUGCAGUAAAAAUAAAUAUAAAUAUUAUACAUAUACUUCUUGUUUCGUUAGCUGUGCUCGUUCGAUUUUUUAUCCGUUUCUUUAUUUUUCAUGUUUCAAAUUUAUAUAAUAUAAUUCGUUAUAAAUAAAAUUGAAGAAUAGAGAAAUAAUAGAAAAACAGAAAAGUCAGUCGAAUCAAGUUUUUCAAAUUAAUUAUUAUUUUUUAUUUCUUCUAUGUGUAAAUUUGGAUAUGCAUAAUACAUACCUCUGCCAAUGUGCCAGACUUAUUUAGAUUUACAUAUUUGGACUAUAUAUAUUAAUUUGUAUCAAAUUAUUGCAUACAUCGAUAUUAUGUAUAUUGAUUAUUAAUAUUUUUGUUUAUUUAUAUUAUAAAUAAAACUUUAAAGCGCGCAUAUGUGCACGUAUUUAAUACUAAUUUAAUUUUUAUAGGAAAAAAUAUUUAUAAUGUACAAAAUAUUUUAUUAGUACCUAAAAAAUAUAUUUUAAGGACGCCAGAGUUCAUUGCAUUGAAAUAUUUAAUUUCACAAAAGUUCUUCUGUAGAAAUGUAUAGUAUUAGUGGCAAAAUUAAAUAAGGGCAAAAUUCUUGCUUAUUACAAAAAAUUUUUAACAUGUUAAAAAGUAUCUGACGAACAUUAAACGAAGAGUAUAUGUAUACAUAAUAUAUACACAUAACGCAUAUUACUACAUAAUGUUAGGAAAAAAAGUGUUUAAAAACAGCGAGUACUAAUCUUACAAUGUAAUACAUAUUUUUAUAUGAUAAAAUUGAUUAAAUAAAAUAGUUAAUAAAACUAUAAAAUUGAGAAACUGAGAAAUGAAGAAUAGAAUACUAUUAUGUAGGUUCUUUACUAUCAUAUACAGAAGAAAUAUAACAGUUAUUACAACAUUUCACGUAUAUAAUUUUUAUCAACGAAUUCAUUUAUUAUGAAUUCGAUUUAUAAUUUUAUGAAAUUGGAAAUAGUUCGAGUGCAGCUAAACGUAAGCAACGUGAUAGGCAUUGUUAAGGAAAUUGUAUGCAGAAUGAAGAUAAAUGUUAGGCAACGUUUGUUUGAAUUCUUUGAUCCAGAGAUAUUAUCUUGUUUCCUUCCUUUUUUUACAAAAUGUAGCAAAGUUGUGAUAUACAUAUUACGUUUUGUAUAAGAUUAGACAAAAUGAAUGAUGAGACCACAGGGAGACUGACUUAAAAAAUGAGGGUAGUGUUACCUCGCUUUUCUUCCUUAAAAACCGUUUAGACGUAAAAGUUCUCGUAAACGUUUAAUUAAAGUAUAUAAAGCAAAGAAUAGAAUUCUAAAAAUAAUACCUGUAAUAAAAUGUCAAACAUUCGCAUAUUCAUAUUUUGUAAAAAUCGUAUCCGCAGUUAUGUCGUUGACGAUAUACACAAUCGAACCAGCCUGUAACUAAAAUGAUUACCAAAUACAGUAUCAGACGCAAUACCGUGUGUAUACCUACACUUACUUUUGUUAGAAUUUGACUAGUUUCAGAAAUUUCAAUUCAUGCUUUGAAAAAAAUUAAUCGUUCACACAAAUCAAAUGUGAAGUUCGAUUAUACAAAAUGGGAAAAAAUAUUAGUUUUAACAUUAUUGUUCCAUUAUAUUGAUAGUUUAUAUAUUUUUUUAUACGACUGUGAAUUUUAUACAUCGGGAUUUAUAACGUAUUAACAUUUGUAAUAAUAUUUCUUAAUAUCGGUUCAAAGAAAUAAUCAGUUACCUUUAGACAUGAUUUGUAUCUUACGAAUAUAUCUAUUUGUUUUUUUAAUUGGAAUUAAACCAAAAUGUUAGGUACUUGUUUCUUUAAACUAAAUACUGCAUAUGUUAUUUUUUUAGGUUUAUAUUUAAGAAAUAGUUUCAAAACAAUGUACAAUAUGCACAUUCAUAGUUGUUCUUCAUAACUCUUUGGUUUUCAUAAGAUAUGUGUAUCUUGUCGUCAACAAAUGUUCAAUUCGUGUGAUAACACAUGAAUACUAUCUUAUAUGUAAUCGGUUUUAAUUUAGAUAAUAUAAUAAUGGAAUAAGUAUGCUUCCAAAAUAUUUACGAAUUAAGAGUAUACAAGAGCAUUUUUAAUGUUUUGCUUUGAUAUAGAUCACAUGUAUGUAUAUUAUAGUACAAGUACUGUUACCUUUGCAAAACAUUAGAUCAGGAUUGUUCAACUUUGUGUUCUGAAUCACUGCUAUUAAUAUACAGUAACAAUAAAUAUAAAAUAAUAACAAGUUAUCUUCAACAUAUAGGGAAAUCGAAAGAAUAAAUGUUUAUUUUAAUAUAUUGUUAUAAUGAUAGAAUAGUUUGUAAUAAAAAAAGUAAACAAAAAAAGAUGGUACAAUUGUAUUUAGAAAUGGUAUAUUUAUUAAAGAAUGCGGUAAAACGUCACACGUUCACAUUCUAAGUGCCUACACUGAACAAAAGUCUGUUUACAAUAUAAAUUAAGAUUUUUUAUUAGUGUAAUGUAGAGAAGUUUGAUUUUUUUAAAAAACAUCAUUUAAAAUAAAAUAAAAUAAAAUAGAGCACUAGUUGAACAACUCUGAUAUAAAUUAUUUUAAAUAUCAUCUAUCCUUUGAUACUAACAGCAGUGAACACGAAAAGUUAAGCGGACCAAUUAAAUUGGCAUACAUACAUAUACAUAUACCACAUAUGUAGAACAGCUUUUUUGUUUUGAUAAAUUUGGUGCCAAACGCUCGUUUUGUUAAAAUUACUAUGUAUGUAAAUCACCCGUUUAUUUAAUAUAAUUAGUCCCCGUAAAUUUUUACACAAAUUACCUUUUCUUAAUUCUUUUAAUUGUUUGAUCAUUUCAUCAUAGAAUAGCAUUCUUGCGUUUUUAACGUAUAAUUUAGUAUUUAAAUUCUAAAAAUGAAAAGAAGCAAAUAGCUUCACUUCUCUUAAUAAAUUCAUUUACAAUUUUGAAACUUUGUUAUUAAGCAACGAAAAGAAUUCUGAAAAAGAUCUCAACGGAAAAUAAAAAAAAUAAUCUGCCCAACAUUUCAACUAACUUGGUAUAUGGUUUUGAUAAUAAACUAUAGUAAAUGUUUUCUGUAAAUUACGGGGACUAAUUGCAAGUAAAGUAAGGCGAUAAUAAGUUAUAUAAUUUAUACAGAAACCGAAACUCGAAGUACGCAGUAAAUAUACAUAUGAAUUAUAAUGAAUGGCAACAUGUAGUAAUAUGUACGAUACAUAUAAAUAUAUAUGAGUCACAUUCAUAGCGUUUCGAUAUGUUUUAAUACGGUUCGAUAUACUCAAUUAUUCGAAAUUGACAUCGUUUGACAUCUCUGUGAUGAUAAUUACUAACUAAUAAGCAAGUGCGAAUUAGGUAUUAAAUUGAAAUUAAAUUCAAACUCAUAUAAAAAAAGGUCAGUUUAUUAUUUACAUAUAAUAAUAUUUGGCUUUUGAUAGCUUCAGUGCUAUAUAAAUUAAAAAUUUUUUUAAUGUUAAAUUUUCAAAAUAUAAACGUUGUGCCAAAUUCUUUAUCUUUCUCUUGGACGAAAUUGUUAUCUUAAAAACGAUUAAUUCUUAAUGUCAAAAGUUAUUAGAAAAAGUGAACUUGAUUAAUAAUUUAAGCAAUAUGCAACGUAUAUUAAUAAAUUGAAUUUAGCUGAUAUUAUGGUUAAAUUAUAUGUAUAUUUUGUAAUGUUUGACAUAAAAUAAAUUUUCAUUUAUAAAGUGGCACAAUUAUUUAAAUUAGUUUCCAUGUUUCAAAUAUUUAUACGUGUUUUAUGUUUUAAUUGCAUUGCUAUUAAAAUAGUCUGUUAAUAUGGCUAAAAAUUGACUUAAAACUUGGAGUUAUUCGCACCUGCUUAAUCAAGAGAUCUAAAGAUCUUUAGUAAUCCUAGUCACGCCGAUUUUCACGCGGUUUUUUGAUAGGAUAAGAGUAUAAAAGUGAAGAGGAUAGGUGAAAAAACACUGUCAUCGAUUUAUACUACAGCGACGUAUUCUUGCUUCAUGCAGGCUGUUACAAUUAGAUUUAUUAUCAUUAUUACUAGUACUGGCAGUAGUAAUAUGUUACUACUAACCCACAUGUAUACCUACCAUUGUACUACGUAUAAUAUUAUGCUAUUAUAUAUACAUAUAUUACCGCUAUACACACACGUUUAUACACACACAUACACAUAUGUUAUAAGUUUUAUCAUAAGUAUACUUGUUAAUAGCUAUUGAUGUACAACUACUAUAAAAGCAGUUUAGGAUUGCUUUAUAAAAUCUACCGUUGGAUGCUUUCCUUGAAAGUUGGAUACUAUCGCCUACGUUAGAUUGUUAAAAAUAUGUAUAUCAAUAUUGAAUUUUUUUUGUUUGCAAAAUAGAUAGUAGUAUACAUUUAUGAAACAUAGCGAUUUAAAAUGCUUUUACUGUAAAUGAAAUGGCAAUUGAAAUAAAAUGUACAUGUACGAGCACUUAAGAGAAGAUUAAUUUUUAGAAAAUGUCUUUAAACACGAAGUCACAACUGAAGUUUGUAUAUUAUAAAACUGUUAUGAUGAGUUUAAAGAAUGGGAAGCAUCUAUUAUCUACUGACAUAGAAACUCAUUAAUACGGAUCUCACGUAUAAUAUUAUUGCUGAUGGAGACUUACGCGUUUAUAGGUUAUAAGCAGAGUUAUAUCAAUAUAGAUUGACACGCAAUUAUGUAUAUUCUGUUAGCUAUAUUUUAUUUUUUAUCGAUAUUUUCCACCGCUAAUCAUGUUGUGGCUGCUUUGUGCAACCGGGCAGCAGUGAAUGCUAAAGAUCUCUAAUUCAUUAGCAUUAGGUUAUACAUCUCAUAAGGGAAAAAGGAAUAAUCAAAUAUUUAGGUGUGCAGCGAAAGAAUACACGUAUAUUUACAUUCUCGUAUUAUAUGUAGGUAUGCAGAAUUUUUUAAAUUUAAUAUAGACGAUAUAAUAUGUAUAUACAUAUGGUAUGUGGUAUAUAUCACCAUAUGUAAUUACAUAUGUACAUUACAAUAAUUGCGUAAAUAUUUUAGAAAUCUUGUUACUUUUGACUUACAAUUAGACAACUAGAUAUAGCGAGUAUGAUCGAUUCUCUUGAAUAUUGCUGUAUACGUACAUAAAGUAUGAUCACUAGCGAUAGAUCUAUUGUUAAAUAUAGCGAAAAGAAACGUUUCGUUAUUGAAACGUGUUAUAAAACUGCGAUUUUGAUAAGGUACAUAUUUACAAAGUACAGUAACGUGGAGAAAGUUAAUUUAGAACGAUUAAUGUGAUUUUAUUUCGCUUUUUCACGUGUUCAAAUUCACAUAUACCCUAUGUACAUAUAAAUCGAUUCAUUUACCGAAAAUACAAUGUGAAAUUAUUGCUCCA